AUGGUGGGCAAAAAAGGAUCCAACACGUCGAGCAACUCGUCGAUUGCAGCCCCGUCCGCGGCCGGACUUGCUCAACUCGACAAUGCCGGGCUCUCUUGGUUUCACAUUCGCACUGUGCUCGUCGCAGGCAUGGGAUUUUUCUGUGACAGUUACGAUUUGUUUGUCAUCUCUCUCAUCACCAAAUGCAUCGGCCGGCUUUACUACCCCGACAUUGCAUACUAUUCCCCCGAGCGCUGCGCCGACAACCACAUCUCAAACAUAACGACGGCUUGCAGUCACAAGUACGCGUCGCUCAUUUCGUCCGGCAUCUCGCCAGCGGAUGCAACAUACCACGUGCCGUCUGCCAUGCCUGCCAAUGUCGACGCAGCGCUCAAGGGUGUUGCCUUGUGUGGAACCUUGGCUGGCCAGCUGAUCUUUGGAUAUCUUGGCGACCGCUUUGGCCGCCGCGUUUCGUUCGGCGCCACGCUUGUUGUCAUGGUCGUGGCUGCGCUGCUCCAGGGCCUGUCCUUUGGCAACACUGCCAACGGCGUGAUUGCAUCGCUUUGCCUCUUCCGCUUUGCGCUCGGUGUCGGUGUUGGCGGUGAUUACCCGUUGUCUGCCACCCUGAUGAGCGAGUACUCGUCCCGUUCCAACCGCGGCAAGCUGGUGGGCGCGGUCUUUGCCAUGCAGGGCAUCGGGAUUCUUGCGGCAGCCACCGUCACCAUCAUCUUUGCGGCCAUCUUCCAAAACCAAAACCAGAAUGCCGAUUCGAUGUGGCGUCUGAUUCUCAUGUUCGGCGCCGUCCCGACAGCGGCCACCAUGUACGCUCGCCUCAACUUGCCUGAGACACCGCGCUACACGCUUCUCGUCAAGCAGAACGCUGCCACUGCCGCCUCAGACAUUGCCCAGGUCCUCGGCACCGCCGCACCCGCGCACGAGUCUGUGAAACCCGUCGUCAAGAAGAUGUCGCUGCGCAUGCUCAUCAAGAACUAUGGCUGGAAGCUUUUCGGAUGCUCAAUGUGCUGGUUCCUGCUCGACAUUGCCUUCUACAGCCAGAACCUCUUCCAGUCAGACGUCUUCUCUGCCAUUGGCUGGAUUCCCAAGGCGCAGACCAUGACCAUCACGGAAGAGGUCUUCAAAACUGCACGUGCCCAAGCUCUGAUUGCCUUGUUCUCAACGGUGCCCGGAUACUGGGUCACCGUCUUUACCGUCGAGAAGCUCGGACGCUGGUGGAUUCAGCUCGGCGGGUUUACCAUCAUGACCCUGUGCAUGGCCAUUCUGGCUGGCGACUAUGACAACCUCAAGGCCAACAACGUGACUGCCUUUGUGGCGCUGUACGCGCUCUGCUUCUUUUUCGCCAACUUUGGUCCAAACUCGACAACCUUCAUUCUUCCGGCCGAGCUCUUUCCCGCCCAAUACCGCUCGACGGCCCAUGGCAUUGCUGCAGCGAGUGGCAAGGCCGGAGCCAUCAUUGGUGCCUUUGGCUUUGCGGCAGCCAACACGGCCAUCGGUCUUCGCCCAACCCUGGCGAUUCUCGCUGCCAUCAACUUUGCCGGCUUGCUCUUCACCUUCCUGGUGCCGGAAACCAAGGGCCGCACCCUUGAAGAAAUCACGGAAGAGCUUGCCCACAUUCCCGAAACAACAACGAGCACGCCCAUGACUGGCAGCUCGAGCGACCUGACAAUCGAAAUGACUGCAGUUGACGAUACGCUGUCAAGGCCCGAGACGGAUCAAGCAUAG